UUUCUCUCUCUCUCUGUGGCCUUGCUCAGUCUCUUCCCUCCCUCUCCCCCCUCUGAGCUCGUUAUUCAUCCACCUCCUCUGGGUGAGUCAGGGAGGGUGGAGAUUCGGAAGACGGCCGUACCAGUCGCACUUUGUCGGUUGACUUUUCCAUUCACCCUCUCUCUCUGUCUUUCUCUCCCUGUCUCGCACCAACAGCAGUUUUUGCGGUCCCAAGAGAAGCUCCCAAAGAGGAUUUUUAACGCUGGCUUCAGUUUAUUCAAGCUGGGAAUUCUGCUGCUUUGCUUUUCUUUUUUUUUUUCUUUCUUUUUUUUUUUUUUUUUUUUUACAAGAAGAACAAGACUUGUCUUCUGCACCCACAGACAUGAUGGUGCACUUGUUGAAAAUGCCUCCAGGCUGGCUCAAAAACAGCCACAGCGUUUUGUAUAAAGGGCUAACAAGAUGGCAAACAUGCUCCAGGAGAUGAAGGAGAUUGGCUCACAUGCCAUAGAUAUCUAUGACUACCUCGUGGCGGGAGUUGAUCCUCGGCUGAAGGAUUAUCCACUGAUGCAGAGUCCCAUUCCCAUGACUGUAAUUUUGCUGUGCUACCUGUUCUUUGUACUGUACCUGGGCCCUCGCAUCAUGGCCAGUCGGAAGCCCUUCCAUCUGAAGGAAACCAUGAUAGUCUAUAAUUUUUUGCUCGUGGCGCUGUCCAUAUACAUUGUCUAUGAGUUCAUGAUGUCUGGAUGGGCCACGACGUAUACUUGGCGAUGUGACGCAAUCGAUGUGUCUGACAGCCCUCAAGCAAUGAGAAUGGUCCAAGUGGCUUGGCUGUUCUGGUUCUCCAAGAUCAUUGAGCUCAUGGACACAAUCUUCUUCGUACUGAGGAAAAAGAGCGGCCAAAUCACCUUCCUGCACAUCUUCCACCACUCCUUCAUGCCCUGGACGUGGUGGUGGGGAGUUGGCUACGCUCCUGGUGGAAUGGGGUCUUUCCACGCAAUGGUGAAUUCAUCCGUCCACGUCAUCAUGUACUUCUACUAUGGCCUUGCUGCUGCCGGGCCUCGCUUCCAGAAGUUCCUGUGGUGGAAGAAAUACAUGACUGCCAUUCAACUUAUUCAGUUCGUCCUGGUGUCCCUUCAUGUGACUCAGUAUUACUUCAUGGACAGAUGCGACUACCAGUUCCCGGUCAUCAUCCACAUGGUGUGGAUUUAUGGCACCUUUUUCUUCAUACUCUUCUCCAACUUCUGGGUGCAGGCGUACGUUAAGGGCAAGCGGCUGCCCAAGCAGGGCGUCCGGCCGUGUCAGAACGGCACGGCCGCCGUCUACGCCAACGGCAAGCACCAUGAGAACGGCGUCAAACACGCCAUGGCCAACGGCACCAGCAACAGCUCGGCCCACCUGGAAAAUGGCAGCGCUCCUAUGGGCAAGAUGAAGAAGGCCUAGGAUGACGGUGAGGAAACACCCAAAAAGUAUGACUUGGUCAACCUGUCCAACCUACCGAAGAUCAUUUUGGCGGUUUUUCCUGUUUUUAGUUUAGUGUGAUGAAACGUAGGGCGAUAAUGCGGUCGAUGACUGACUUCCACGAUGGGAAUUCCACGUUUUGUUUGGUUAGGUUGUUUCUCUUGAGUUUUGGGGAAGCAUCUGUUGGACAAAAUGUAUGAAGAGAAGAUGUUUGGAAUGGUUCAUCUUCUCUGAUGUUGCAAACAUUUAAUAUCACACUGGUCCUCCCCCCACCCCACUUCUCACUA